AUGGGCAGAGCCACCAUAAAAUCGGGCUCCAUCAACUUGCUCAACACCAUCAUAGGCGCAGGCAUUCUUGCCAUGCCCUACGGACUUAAGAGCAAUGGUCUUCUUUUCGGUGCUAUUUUGAUCAUUUGGUCGUCGUUGACUUCGGCUUUUGGCCUUUAUCUCCAGAAUAAAGUGGCCAAGUACACCCAGCAGCAACAAGCGGUGUCAUACUUUAGUUUAUGUCAAUUGACAUACCCGCAAUUGUCGGUUAUUUUCGACGGAGCCAUCGCAAUCAAGUGUUUUGGAGUUGGAGUUUCUUAUUUGGUUGUCAUUGGCGAUUUGAUGCCCAAAAUCAUGGAAUCUUUGGCUGUUCCCGAAACGUCAGUAUGGAUGGAACGUAAUGUGUGGAUCACAUUGUUCAUGGUGUUGAUGGUGGCACCUCUUUCGUACUUGAAAAAGCUCGAUUCGCUCAAGUACACCAGCGUCGUUGCACUCUUCUCCGUGGUGUACCUUAUCUGCUUGGUGGUGGGCCAUUAUGUUAGCGACACCAUCCCAGGCCGUGAGAUCGACUACAUUGGGCCAAUCUCCUGGAAACUGACAUUGUCUUCGUUCCCCAUCUUUGUGUUUGCCUACACCUGCCACCAGAACAUGUUUGCUAUCAUCAACGAGUUGACAGCUGACGAGAAAGACGGGCUGACCACCCGCCAGGCCAAUCUUGUUAUUCGUAAUGCCAUUGUCACCGCGUGUGCAUCCUACUUAAUUGUGGGAAUCUUGGGUUAUUUGACAUUUGGUAAUGCUGUUAACGGAAAUAUUAUCACCAUGUACCCGAAAGACUCGAUUCCUUCACUCAUUGGUAGGUUAUGUAUUGUGGUGAUGGUCAGCUUGUCGUUCCCAUUGCAGUGCCAUCCAUGCCGUGGAUCCAUCAACCAUGUGAUUUACUUCGUGAGAAACGGAGUUAAGUCCGGCUGGAAACUUCGAAACUCGCUGGUCACCACCGAUGGAUACUCAGCAUUACCUGACCAAACCUCUCAACAAUCUCACGACGUUGAGUCCGUAUGUGACGAGUCAUUUGUGAGUACGACGCCAAUGGAAGGUGCCCAGGACACUGAUGGCCAUGAUCCCAUCAUUGUGCCGUUGACCACCAAAAAAUUCUACGGCAUUACAACUGCUAUUGUGAUUGCAUCAUACCUUGUGGCCAUCACCGUGAAGUCGUUGGCUCACGUUUUGGCAUUUGUGGGAUCCACGGGCUCGACGUCCAUUUCGUUCAUUUUGCCGGGACUUUUCGGUUACAUGCUUAUUAAGCCCCUCAACGGAGCUACCACAUUGACGGGACUCGAAAGAUUCUGCAAGUAUGGAGGCUUUGCGUUGAGCGUAUGGGGCAUUGUGGUGAUGGUUGUAUGUUUGAGCGUCACUAUCUUCCUUGGAGCCACCCACUGA